GGGAAAAGUGAAGCUGGGAGGAGAAGGCGGCGGAAGGUGGGGAUUGAUGCUUCUGUUUUUUGUUGCCGCUGCUGCCCUCGCGCUGGGAGCCGAGCCGGAGGGAAGGCGGUGGAGAGAUGAUUGCAGAGUUGGUGAGCAGCGCUCUGGGGCUCGCCUUGUAUCUCAACACCCUGAGCGCGGAUUUCUGCUACGAUGACAGCCGUGCCAUCAAGACUAACCAGGACCUCCUCCGAGAAACUCCGUGGACACACAUUUUCUACAAUGACUUCUGGGGGACUCUGCUAACGCACAGCGGCAGCCACAAGUCCUACCGGCCACUCUGCACCCUUUCCUUUCGCCUGAACCACGCUGUCGGAGGCUUGAAUCCCUGGAGCUACCAUCUCGUCAACGUCCUGUUGCACGCGACUGUCACCGGUCUCUUCACGAGCUUCUCCAAGAUUCUCCUUGGUGAUGGAUACUGGACCUUCAUGGCUGGCUUGAUGUUCGCGUCCCACCCCAUCCACACAGAGGCCGUGGCGGGAAUUGUGGGCCGGGCUGACGUCGGGGCCAGUCUGUUCUUCCUCCUCUCCUUGCUGUGCUACAUUAAACACUGUUCCACAAGAGGCUAUUCAGACCGGACCUGGGCCUGGUUCCUGGGGACAGGACUGUGUGCGGGGUGCAGCAUGUUGUGGAAGGAACAAGGAGUGACUGUGCUUGCGGUUUCGGCGGUUUAUGAUGUCUUUGUCUUUCACAGGCUGAAGAUGAAGCAGAUCUUACCUACCAUUUACAAAAGGAAGAACUUGUCUCUUUUUCUCAGCAUUAGUUUGUUAACUUUCUGGGGAACUUCCCUUUUGGGUGCCCGGUUGUACUGGAUGGGAAACAAACCACCAAGUUUUUCCAACUCCGACAACCCAGCUGCGGAUUCGGACAGCCUCCUGGCUCGCACGCUUACCUUUUUCUACUUGCCCACAAAGAACCUCUGGUUGCUGCUCUGCCCGGAUACCCUCAGUUUUGACUGGUCCAUGGAUGCUGUGCCUCUGCUGAAAACAAUCUGUGAUUGGAGAAACCUACACACUGUGGCCUUCUAUACUGGACUCCUCAUGCUUGCCUACUACAGUCUGAAGAGCCCAAGCAUAGAAAGAGAAUGCAAUGGGAAAGCUGUCACAAAUGGCAAGCAGAAUGCAAAUGGACAUAGCUGCCAUUCAGAUGUGGAGUACCGGAACUCAGAAAUUAAGCCCAACUUUGCCUCCAAAGCAGAAAAUGGCAUUAAAAAGAAUGUAUCACAGACAACACAGCUCCCUUCUACAGAGAACAUUGUUGUUCUCUCUUUAUCUUUGUUGAUAAUACCCUUUAUUCCUGCUACGAACUUGUUUUUCUAUGUUGGCUUUGUGAUUGCAGAGCGAGUAUUAUAUAUUCCUAGUAUGGGCUUCUGCCUCCUGAUUACAGUGGGUGCCAGAGCCCUUUAUGUCAAAGUCCAAAAGCGCUUUCUCAAGAGCUUGAUUUUUUAUGCUACAGCUACAUUAAUUGUUUUCUAUGGACUCAAGACUGCGAUCAGGAAUGGAGAUUGGCAGAACGAGGAAAUGCUGUAUAGGUCAGGGAUAAAAGUGAACCCAGCUAAAGCAUGGGGUAACCUUGGAAAUGUUCUGAAGAGUCAGAGCAAAAUUUCUGAAGCUGAAAGCGCCUAUAGAAAUGCUUUGUACUACCGCAGCAACAUGGCUGACAUGCUUUAUAAUUUAGGGUUGCUUCUCCAGGAAAACAGCAGGUUUGCCGAAGCCCUCCAUUAUUAUAAACUGGCCAUCGGGAGCAGGCCCACCCUGGCUUCUGCAUAUUUAAAUACUGGCAUUAUUCUAAUGAACCAAGGAAAGACAGAAGAAGCCCGGCGGACGUUCCUGAAGUGUUCUGAGAUUCCAGAUGAAAACCUGAAGGACCCUCAUGCACACAAGAGCUCUGUCACCAGCUGCCUGUACAAUCUGGGGAAACUCUGUCACGAGCAGGGACAGUAUGAGGAAGCCCUGACUGUGUACAAGGAAGCAAUUCAGAAAAUGCCCAGACAGUUUGCCCCGCAGAGCUUGUACAACAUGAUGGGUGAAGCGUACAUGCGAUUAAGCAAGCUGCCUGAAGCAGAGCAUUGGUAUAUGGAGUCCCUGAGAUCCAAGACUGACCACGUCCCUGCUCAUCUCACCUAUGGGAAAUUGCUAGCUCUCACAGGUCGUAAGAGUGAGGCUGAAAAGUUCUUCUUGAAGGCCAUUGAGUUGGAUCCCACCAAAGGAAACUGUUAUAUGCAUUAUGGUCAGUUUCUUCUGGAAGAAGCUCGCCUUUUAGAAGCGGCUGAGAUGGCAAAAAAAGCAGCUGAACUGGACAGUACAGAGUUUGAUGUCGUCUUCAAUGCUGCCCACAUGCUCAGACAGGCUAGCCUCAAUGAAGCAGCUGAAAAAUAUUAUGACCUGGCAGCCAGGCUCAGGCCUAACUACCCAGCCGCUCUAAUGAACCUGGGGGCCAUUCUGCACCUCAAUGGCCGACUCCAGAAAGCUGAGGCCAACUACCUGCGGGCCCUGCAGCUCAAACCAGAUGAUGUCAUCACGCAGUCCAAUCUUCGCAAACUGUGGAACAUCAUGGAAAAGCAAGGCUUAAAGACUUCCAAGACCUGACACCGGAGGACACAAACCUCAUCCUCCUCCAUUUAAUAAAGCUGGUUCAAUUACCAGACAAAACUUUUCAACAGUGCUAUGAAAAGAGCUCAUUUUUGACUUCAGGACCCUUGGCAGAGGCCACUGAGGUCAAUGAAACCACCUUGCUGUUGGAACAGCCAUUAGCACCAAAAAAAGGAACAUUGGAAACCUCCAGGAGGAUGUAAUUGUUACCCACAGACUGCAAACCAGAGCACUUAAACGGGAUCUUUUGGCAUUCUUUAAAGGGGGGGGGGGUGUGGUAUCUAAAUUGCAAAUUUUGUUCAUUUAUUUGAAAGCUAACUUUGAAACUAUAACGUUCCUUAAACACUGUGAGAGGAAGUCAGUGUCCUUUUAGCCACAGCAAACUAUUGGGGUUAAGUGUUAAUAGGGAGAAAUGAAAACAUAGCAUAAACCCAGUGAGCCGCUGGUUGUCCUACUGCUGCUGUCUUCCCUCUUUGGGACAGCCUGCUUAUCAGUUCCCAAGCUUAGAAAACUUCGGUUUGUUUGCUUGUUUGUUUGUUUCAUACUGUGCCAGCAUCUAGCAGCAUCUGUACUUGUUUCUCAACUGGUCCGCAUAAUGUUUUAUGAUUUGAAUGUCACCAGUUUCACACUUUCAGACUUCACUUGCUUUUCUUGCUCUGAAAAGGAUAUGGAGAAAAGAGCUAACACUUCACACUGGUGUUGGAAGAGGGGCUGGAGAGGGCUUAUGUGUAUCUGGUAGGCAUUUUUUUUUUUUUUAAAUGUCAGUAUUUGUCCCCAGACCGCCUAGUAGAAUUCAUUGGAUUAAUUCUUUUGCAUUAACCUUUUAAAAUAGCUAUUCUUGGUGCAUCUGCACACUUAGUGUUCCUGUUCUGAUAACUAACCAGUCAUAUUUAGAAAAGGUAUAUUGUGAUUCCCAGAUUUUGCUGGUAAAAAAGAUCAAGGCUAAGGAGGGGAAUAUAGGAUCAUGAGUGCCACUGAUUGUGUGUUUUGCAGGGCUGGGAUGAAAUCCUAACCAAACUCUACUAGGCGCAUGAACAUCAGUGCGAAUAAAUUUCCAACAAAUUAUUUUUAUCUCAUUUUGCCCUUCAUGAAAGAUGUCAAAAAUAACUUCUUUUAACCUGCAAUAAAGUAUAUAGGAUUA